AUGUCCUCCAAAAUCAACGGUCAGAUUUCGCCACAGCCAUGCCCCCACUUGGCUGACUUCCGCACCACUUCCACCAAACCAUUUCUCUCCCUCCACAGCUGCCUCCGUAUCAAGCCUCCCGGCGGCCGUGCUUCCCUCCGCCGUAAUCCUCACGAAGUUCCUCACUGCAGCGCUUGUGGUGUCCACGCUCCUUCCCGCCUCUACGCCUGUAUUUCUUGCUCCACCGUGUCGUGUCACUCCUCUGCAUCUGGCGUUCCAUCCCACGCAGCUGCACAUGCCGCCUCAAUGUCUCCAGGUCACCAGAUCGCGAUUGACGUCGACCGCGCAGAGCUUUUCUGCUGUGCUUGCCGUGAUCAAGUAUACGAUCGCGACUUCGAUGCUGCGGUUGUGAUCGCACAGACUGUUGCUUCAACACUUGGCGGUGGAGAAUCAACGGUUAUCCCUACGCCGCAUCCGGAGAAUCUCAGGAAGAGGCGACGUGUGGAUUAUCGACCUGCAACUCCGGAUCUGCGCGAGCGAGCUCUGAUCGGAAGCUGUUCUGCUCCGAUUGACGCUGAUGGUUCUUUUCCAGAGUUUCCGCGGGGAUUGCGAGGGCUGAACAAUCUGGGAAACACUUGUUUCAUGAAUUCAGUGUUGCAGGCGUUGUUUCACACGCCGCCGUUGAGAAAUUACUUCCUGAGCGAUAAGCAUAACCGGUACUUUUGCCAGAAGAAUAGUAAUACAGAUGGUGAUGAUUCUACCAUAGCAGCAACAAGGAAAAAAAAUGGCGGUAACAAUGGGAAUAAUAAUCGACGAGUAUGCUUAGCUUGCGAUAUGGAUGCUAUGUUCUCUGCAGUGUUUUCUGGAGAUCGUGUUCCUUAUAGCCCUGCCAAGUUCUUGUACAGUUGGUGGCAGCAUGCUGCCAAGUCCAACCUUGCCAGCUAUGAACAACAGGAUGCGCAUGAAUUUUUCAUUUCUAUGCUUGAUGGAAUCCAUGAAAAGGUGGAUAAGGAUCGGCGUAAGACACACAGUGAAGGCAGUGGUGAUUGUUGUAUUGCUCAUAGGGUAUUCUCUGGUAUUUUGCGAUCAGAUGUUAUGUGUAUGGCCUGUGGAUUCACAUCAACAACUUAUGACCCAUGCAUAGACAUCUCACUUGACUUGGAACCGAAUCAAGGUGGUUCUACUAAGAUGGCUGCUGCAGCUUCCAGUCAUUCUGGCAUUGGCGAGGCUGAUUCCAGCCAAAACCGUGGGAUAUCUACCUUGGUGGGGUGCCUAGAUAGAUUUACAAGAGCAGAGAAAUUGGGGUCAAACCAAAAGUUUUUCUGUCAGCAAUGUCAGGUGAAGCAGGAAACUCUCAAGCAGAUGUCCAUAAGGAAACUUCCCCUCGUUUCUUGCUUCCAUAUAAAAAGAUUUGAGCACUCUUCAACCAGGAAAAUGUCCAGGAAGGUGGACCGUUAUCUACAGUUCCCAUUUUCACUGGACAUGUCACCUUAUCUAUCAUCCUCAAUCUUAAGACGUCGGUUUGGUAACCGAAUAUUUCCUUUUGACGGGGAUGAGCCUGAAGCUUCAAAUGAUCUAUGUUCAGAGUUUGAAUUGUUUGCUGUCGUCACUCACUCUGGUAAGCUAGAUGCUGGCCAUUAUGUGACUUAUCUGCGACUAAGCAAUCAAUGGUACAAGUGUGAUGAUUCUUGGGUUACUCAAGUUGAUGAAAACAUUGUGAGGGCUGCUCAGGGUUACAUGAUGUUCUAUGUACAGAAGAUGCUUUACUAUAAAGCAACAGAUAAACCGGUUCCCUCAUGA